AUGGGCUGUAAAGCUGCUGUUGUGCCUAUAUACGCGGCCGAGACUGCCCCAACGAACAUUCGAGUAAAUCAGGCAGCACGAGAGCUGUUCAUUAUCCACGUUCAGAAUGAGCUUACGAAGAUCAGAUGGUAUGGUGGUGAGAGAGCCGAUGAGCUGAUCAACGAGCUCUUUCCAUCUUCCGCUGAUGCUGAGCUCUCUUCAACCACGCAAAAUCUGAGCAAAGCGCCACUGUCACGCAAGUCCAUGGUGAACGAGCAUGUCAGCACUUAUUUUAAACGACUUGCGAACCUCUUUAAAGUACCACGCAUACGGAGGGCGACUACGGCAGCUGCGGUCGUCAUGAUCAGCCAACAGUUGUGUGGGAUCAAUGUGAUUGGCUUUUACUCGGGGACUAUACUUCCAGCUCCCGAUUCAAGCAACCCUGAAUCAGUCAAGAACAGUAACAGGAACGGGCUCUGGUUGGGAUGGGGAUCGUGGAUGAUUGGCAUGCUCAUGGCCGUUCCUGCAUUCAUGACGAUCGAUCGGUGGGGUCGCCGGACCUUAUGUCUCUUCUCCACUCCCGUUCUGGGUCUAUGUCUUUUUGCCGGAGGAUUCUGCUUUUGGCUUAAGCCCGAGACGCCAGCUUACCUUGGAAGCUUGUUUUCCCUCAUUUUCUUGUUCACGGCCUUCUAUCCACCAGAAGCCGGCAUGUCAUUGGCAGUCUUCAUCAACCUCUUCGGUGCCGGCAUCCUCAGUUUGUUCAUCCCUUUUCUCCAAGACAGUCUUGGACCUUUGGGAUUGUUUGAGUUGUUUGCUGGUCUCAAUGUAAUAGCGUACAUUCUGAUCUUCGUUUUCGUCUAUGAGACGAAGCAGGAGCGAUUGGAAAAGCUCGACAGUAUUUUCGACAUUCCUGUUGCAGUACACUUGAAGUACCAGUUUACGGCCGUGAUCCCAUGGUGCAUUAAAAACAUGUUAAAGAAGCGACAGGAGCGGAGUACGUUGGACUCGCUGGUACUUUGGAACACAAAACGGCUGCAUCAUGUCUCAUCUGAUGAUGAGAGCUCUAUCACGUCUCGAGAGAGCGAGUGA